CUUGGUUUUACUGUUUUGCUUGUGCAUCUCUGCAUCAAUUUGCAAUUGCACAUAUGCAACAAAAAUAGAUAAAAAUAGUUAAUAAUAGUAAUAAUAAUAUGAAAGGUGGCACAUUUCGGAACACACAAUGGGAUCCCACGCUGCUAACAUCACAGAUUGUGUCCAUGCAGUGCUGCGUGUACUUCACACUUGGCCUGCUGGUCUUUAUAGCCAACAAGUUGUCUGGCGACAAUUAUGCAUUGGAUCAUCUCUUUGAAUACCAUGAAAUACAUAUCUAUGAUCUGGGAGGGCGUCUGGUAAUCUGCGCAUUUGUCUUAAAUGCAUUUGUUGCCUCCUUGGCGCUCUGGUGCAUUGUGCGUCGAGCAAAGCUGUGUCUCGACUUCAGUUGCACGUUCCAUUUGCUGCAUCUGAUCAUCUGCUGGUGGUACAACCGCUCCUUUCCAGCCAACGCAUCAUGGUGGCUUCUCAAUGUAAUCACGGCGACCAUAAUGUGUAUUGGCGGCGAGUUUCUUUGCCUGCAAUCCGAAAUGAAGGAGAUUCCCGUCGGCUACGCGGCACUCAAUCAAAAGUCAGACGUUUGAAUAAUGCAUGGUACACACUAUGUGAUUGUAAUGCUAAGCAAGUCACCAAUUACUUUAAAGAUAAAUGAUACUUGUAAUUUAUUGUUAACACAGUUUAAGAAUAUAAUCCAUAUGUAGCACGUAUGUAGUCU